AUGUGCGAACAAGAAAUUGCAAUACCGAACCUUUUCUCAGAGGUCUGGCAGGAUCUAUAUGAUGACCUGCUCAUGGAUGGACGUAUUUGGGAGCUUUGUGACCUUCUGAUUGCCAUGUUUGGCCUCCUUGGUCCGUGGGAAACGUUCGCGCACUUCUUCAAGGACACGCCAGAGCGCCUCUUUGAUCAGGCUAAAGACGCGAAGACCUACACAAGAGGUUCACUUGAGCGGUUGCUGCAAGACUGGUCAGUCGAUGAAUAUGACGAAUCAACCGAGCUUGCUCUUCUGUCCAUCAUGGUGGAAUUGCGAUACUUUCGCAUUUCUAGCAGUCAGUCCCGAUCUAUCUAUCGGACCAUAAAUGACCAGUGGUGCGCACAGCAGGCCAAUCUCUGUGCUGAGAAACUCCGACAACACAGCCCUCAUCUCAUGCGAUCACGACCAUAUCUUCAAUGGGCUUUCGCAGAAGAAUAUCUUGAUCACUUACGGAACCCCGGCCCAUCAUAUCAAGAGGAGAGACAGAAGUGCCUCAACAAGUUCCCUGGGCUUGACCUGGAUGAAUGGUCUCUACCAACCUACAUACCCAUGGCUUCUGAAAAUCCGGGCUGGCCGGCCGCCGACCCAAAAUUUCCACCUAAUAAUUCAUUGAAUUGGAUCUUGAAAACAUCAACCGAACUUGGAGAUUUCAAAACUAGGUCAACGUGUCUACGCGAGCUUAUCUGUCGUGUAGAAGAUCCUCAGCCAUUAUUGAAGGAGCUAGACCAGCUGCUCCUGGUUGAACAAGGAGAUCAUCUUAGGGCCUCUGAGUCCAUUAUUUCGCAGUACUUGCUUGCCACCGACGACAAAUCAUGCCGGAAACUACUCCAAAGAUUAGAAGAUGUCGCGGAGAAAUUCGGACCUACUCCAGAGAACGAUGUUUGUGUCGCUACCCGAUGGAACAACCUCAUGGUACAAAAUGCACUCCGUCGAUCUCUUUCUGAAGACAAGUCUAUUAUCGGCAAAAACGCCAAAAUAGCACAAUCGAUCUAUCAGAAGCUCCCUUAUUCUCAAAAAGCAAUCGAUAAAUUCUCCGGACCGGCCCUUAUCACGAAAGACAAAGAUUCUGGUGAGGCACCGAAGAAAAAUGAACAAAAGGAACCAAAAAAACCCGCCGAGGAAAAGAAAGUGAUUGAAAAGCCCAAGGACGAUCCAAAGGAUGACCUCAAGGCUCCUGGAAAGUUUGAAAGCCGGUAUGAGGAAGAUCUUAAUCGACGGUUGAGACAGCUAGAAAUCCUCGAGCUCCAACAGAAGAGAGAACAGCUGGAAGAGGAGCUCCGCAACGCAAAAGUACGCCGCAGACUCGAAGAGUUCGAAGAUGAACUAAGAGUAGAAGCUGGGAAAGAAGAAAUCCGAUCAAAGCUCCGCGAGGAAGGAUUGAACGUCGAUGCUAAAGCCAGUGAUGAGAUAUCACAUAAUACAAAAAGGAAAAAAGAGACGGUGUGGAAGCGUACGACGGACGGGGACACUGAGAAGAAAGAAGAGACCCAAAUAGGAGAGAAGGGAACGCCUAUGGCCCUUGAGCCGGAGGAGAUCGAACGUGGGCCCGGGGAAGGAGACCAGAAAUCGCCUGAGCAUUCGCGAAAACCAUAUCGCUAUGCGUUCGUGACUGAGCCAGAGGAGGAACCACUAGUGAUAGAGGAGCGGGAUUCAAACCCCGUCAGCUUUGUGAGACGAACCCGGUCCGCGGAGAGUGUUGCUUCAAGUGCAGAAUCUUUUGAGAACGCAGUUGAAGUGCCAGAGGACUCUUCCGGAACUAAGUAG